UCUUAGUUUAAGCUAGCUGUUGUAUGAAAGUCUAUACUGUUUUGGGCAGUCAGUAUUAUAGGUUAUUGCGAUGAAAUAUUAAAAUCACAUUAAAUCAAACAUGGAAAAAGAUGAACAGCUUCACUGGUCGGAUAUACUGAAAAGAAGGUUAGAAAACUCCAGAAAAGAUGAAAGAAGCGAGGAGGAAAAGAAAGCUGAGGAAACGGAACUCUUCACCAAAUAUUACACUGAGUGGAAGGGAGGAGACGAUAAAGACAAGUCCUACAAGAAAAUCCCGCGAUUUUACUACAGGCUGCCAGCAGAGGAUGAAGUACUGCUCCAGAAGCUGAGAGAGGAAUCCAGAGCUGUGUUCCUCCAGAGGAAGAGUCGAGAACUGCUGGAUAAUGAAGAGCUGCAGAACCUGUGGUUUCUGCUUGAUAAGCAUCAAGUACCUCCGGUGACAGGAGAGGAAGCCAUGAUUAGUUAUGAGGCCUACUUACAAGUAGGAGAGAAGGCUGGACCCAAGGGUAGAAAGUUUUUUACAGCCAGAGUGUAUGCCAAGCUGCUCCACAAUGACCCCUACGGCAGAAUCUCCAUCAUGCAGUUCUUUAACUAUGUCAUGAGGAAAGUCUGGCUGCAUCAGACCCGGAUCGGUCUGAGUCUGUAUGAUGUAGCAGGACAGGGCUACCUCAGAGAGUCGGAUUUGGAGAACUACAUCCUGGAGCUAAUCCCCACCCUGCCUCAGCUGGAUGGACUGGAGAAGUCAUUUUAUUCUUUCUAUGUUUGCACUGCUGUUCGGAAGUUUUUUUUCUUCCUCGACCCACUCCGAACUGGAAAGAUUAAAAUCCAGGAUAUCUUGGCCUGCAGUUUUCUGGAUGACUUACUAGAGUUGAGAGAUGAGGACUUGUCUAAAGAAAGUCAGGAGUCCAACUGGUUCUCAGCCCCCUCAGCGCUCCGGGUCUAUGGUCAAUACCUGAACCUGGAUAAGGACCACAAUGGCAUGUUGAGCAAAGAGGAGCUUUCACGCUAUGGCACAGCCACUCUCACCUCAGUCUUUUUGGACAGAGUGUUUCAGGAGUGUCUCACCUAUGACGGAGAAAUGGACUAUAAAACCUAUUUAGACUUUGUAUUGGCCUUGGAGAACAGGAAGGAGCCAGCGGCAUUACAGUACAUUUUUAAACUUUUGGACAUGGAGAACCAAGGAUACCUCAACGUCUUCUCUCUCAACUAUUUCUUCAGGGCCAUUCAGGAGCAAAUGAAACUCCAUGGUCAGGAGCCUGUCUCCUUCCAAGAUGUCAAGGAUGAGAUCUUUGACAUGGUGAAGCCUAAAGACCCCUACAAGAUCACAUUGCAGGAUUUGGUGAAUAGUUGCCAGGGCGACACCGUUACAAGCAUCCUGAUAGACCUCAAUGGAUUCUGGACUUAUGAGAAUCGGGAAGUGCUGGUUGCCAACGACAGCACCAGCAGCAAUACUGGUGACCUCGAUGACACGUGAAUGGAGUGUCAAUGAGUUUUUUUUCCAGCUUCCUCAUUGACGGGACUGAACUUUUUCUGGUGACUCAGGUUCUAAGUUAAAGAUCUACAUAGUGACAAACAGAAGGAAAUGACUGAACACCAGAUGAUGUGGGUGGAAGAAUCAAAGACGGCUACUGUGUUUUUGUAUUGACAGACCUUUAAUUUUGGUUCAGACCUAUUUGUAAAAAAAAUCAUCCCUUUUCAUUUUCUCUUGGUCAUUGGCUCUUUUUCCACUUGUAAUUUAAAUCACUUUUACAGAGAAAUGAAAAAAACACUAAAGCCAGCCAUUUCAAUGUUUCAAGGUUUUACUAACACAUAAAAUAAGUAUGUACAGAUUCCUGUGAAUUUAAGAGGUCAGUUAAAUUAAAAGAUCUGCUCAUGU